AUGAACCCAGACAACGAAGGAAUCGCACCAGACCAACAGAGGCUCAUGUUUGCUGUAAUAGCUUCGGAUGGCUUUAGUUCGGGCGACUAUAAAAUUCAUAAGGAGUCCACAUUGCAGUUCGUGUCGAGGAUUGGUGGUGACAGGCAGAUUAUUGUCAAAACCCUUACUGGGAAGACAAUAACCCGUAAAGGUGAAAGCUCUGACACCAGCGAUAAUGUUAAAGCUACAAUUGAGGACAAGGAAGGAAUCCCACCUGACCAAGAGUCAACUCUGCACUUCAUGCUGAGGUUGCGAGUACAUGUGCAGAUUUUUGUGAGGACUCUAACAUUCGUGUUGACAAGUCAUAUGACUGGGAUGUAUAAGAAUGAUGAUAUAUUCAUUUUAGUUAUGAUGUUGAUGUACCCUUUCACAUUUCAUGAAGAAGACCAGCAUUAUGUCGUCAACGCAUACACACAAAAUUUACCGACACUACCACCCCAUGCUUGCACUAAACAUGUAUUAUAG